UGUCCAUUGAAUGCCUUCUAACUUGUCACACUGUCACUCCGGCGAACACGCUCCCGUGAUACAGCCCGCAACCGUGUACAGUGCAACUUUGCUUAGAAUCCACAAUGCCAGCUACGUCAAUAUAAAAGUAUAUUAAAAGGCAAUAAUUAUGAAAAGCCAUCAUUUAAAUUAUAAUGGGUACAAGCGGUCUUAGGAUCAGUGGCUGCAGAACUGAGGGUACAUUGAGAUUAUGGACGUCCAAAAGCAGCAACUGUGUCCCCGGCUGGUGGAUUAUUUAACCAUUGUAGGCGCGAGGCCAUAUACUUCCGGCAAGGGCUUAGCUCCUGUACAGGCUCCGGAGCUACUGCGACGAUACCCGCUGACAAAUCAUGAUGACUUUCCCUUGCCUUUGGACAUGGUGUACUUCUGCCAACCGGAGGGCUGCGUGUCUGUGGGGCCACGCCGUCAGCUCGCGCACCUCGCCACCCGCGAUACCACCUCCUUCGUGUUCACGCUCACUGAUAAGGAUUCUGGCAAAACCCGGUACGGUGUGUGCGUGAACUUCUAUCGCGCGGUGGAGCGCGCGCCAGCGCCAGGCCCGCGCGAGCGCUCCGUGCUACGUCGUGACUCCUGGCGCAAGUCCAUGGAGAAGAGCUCGGACUCCGCGUUCUCCAGUGACUAUAGGAGCAGCAACGUCGCCCCCAGCGACUCGGAGCGCGACUGCAGCGCGACGCUGACACCGCGUGCACCCCCUGCGCCCCCUGCUGACUCCGAGAGCGGCGGUUCGCAUUCGCCCAGCCCGCGCGCCACUCGCAAGCGACAGCGAAUCCGCAAUCACUCCCUCACAUCACUAUGCCUUUUAUCACAUCAUCCUUUCUUUUCCACAUUCCGAGAGUGCCUGUUUAUCCUUAAAAAGUUAAUAGAUGCCUGCAACGAGUCUUCCAGUCCGCGGCGUGUCGGCGCCUCCAGACAAAUAUUUAGAGAUACGGUAUGGUCGGUGCUAACCGGUCAAGCAUACGACAACACACCGACAAUAGUGGUGCACGACGUGAAGGAGAUAGAAACGUGGAUCCUGCGUCUACUGUCCGCCCCUGUACCGGUGCCGGGCCGCACGCGACUAGAACUUGAAGUGCUCUCGCCCACUGCGCAUGCGCCGCUGCUUUUCGCACUGCCAGAUCACACCAGGUUCACCCUGGUUGACUUUCCAUUGCAUCUACCAUUGGAACUGUUAGGUGUGGACACAUGCCUGAAGGUGCUAACGUUGAUCCUAAUGGAGAACAAAGUGGUGGUACAGUCGCGGGACUACAACGCGCUGUCGAUGUCGGUGAUGGCGCUGGUGGCGAUGCUGUACCCGCUUGAGUACAUGUUCCCCGCCAUACCGCUGCUGCCCAGCUGCAUGAGCUGUGCCGAGCAGCUGCUCCUCGCCCCCACUCCCUUCCUUAUCGGCAUACCGGCUACUUUCUUCACUUAUAAAAAGAAUUUCAGAUUACCAGACGAUAUCUGGCUCGUGGACUUGGACGCUACGAAGCUGAUCUGUCCGACAGGCAGCGACCAAGACCUGCCGGCGCUGCCCGAGCCUGAAAGCUCAGUACUAAAGAGUCAUCUCAAACAGGCAAUGCGUCUCAUGGACAUAACCGGAACUGGUGCUCUGAACAGUUUGACCAACAGUGCUGUAGAGCAUGCUACAGCGCCUCUGAUGCCCUCUCGCAGGGAUAGCGUUGGCGGGGCUACCUUAAAAGUGCAGCAGGCGUCGUACCGCGAGUCGCACAGCGCGCCACAGAGUGCAGCACACAGCACGCCGGAGAGCCGGCGCGUGUCCGUGGGCAGCGCGGGCCACGCGCCCCGACACUCACUCGCCUCCCCCCACUCACCCUCCCCCCAUUCCCCGCAACAACCCUUCAACCCCCUCAUAUAUGGCAACGAUGUCGACUCCGUCGAUAUCGCCACCAGAGUCGCUAUGGUGCGAUUUUUCAAUUCGCAAAACGUGCUGGCGAACUUUAUGGAGCACACGCGAACAUUGCGCCUGUACCCGCGGCCCGUCGUCGCCUUCCAGAUCAACAGCUUCCUGAGGUCCCGCCCUAGGACUAGCUCCUUUCUCAAUAAAUUUGCUAGAACUCAGGCGGUAGAAUUUCUAGCGGAGUGGUCACUGACGCCGUGCAACGUGGCGUUUCUGCGCGUGCAGACGGGCGUGUUCGACCCGCGGCAGAUCGGCGACAAGGCCAAGUGGUUCGCGGAUCAACUCCAGCCGGUGCGCUUCGCCGUUUGGGACGACGGUAGCUCAUUGAACGGGGCACUGAGACAGCUGCAGCGACAUGAGAACCAACCUACUGACGAGAGCGGUUCAGAUUCCGAGGCGGCGGAAAGUACCAGUUCAUCGUACUCUUCUCUUAGCGAUUUUGUCUCUGAGAUAGCAUCAUCGGAUUUAUCACCAGGCGGCAAUCCGUAUCAGCAACACGUCAUUGGAGAGACGUAUAACGCAGUCGUACAAGUGCCAAUGACGCUGUCAUCUUCUUUAGACCCCAAAACAGUGUACAGUCCUCCUUCGUCUCUAAUGUUCGGUGACGAAGAAGAGGGCAAGGAGGAGGGGCGCGCCUCCACCUCCCCGUCGCCCUCCGCCUCCAGCUCGGAGCACAGCGACGCCUCCGACGACGAGGUGCCGCUGGACAACCAGAAAGCACUCGACUCACAUCCAGUACCUGUUAAGAAAAGUGACACGGACAGCGGUAGCUUCGGACGCGAGUCGGAUUCGAACUCUACGACCACGCCGAAGACGGUGGUGAGCCGGCAGCGCGCGCCCGACAGCGGCAGCGCCAGCGACACGGACCGCGCACACACGCCCGCACACCAAGCGCACCAAGCGCAUCAAGCGCACCAAGCGCACCAAGCGCAUCAAGUGCACCAAGCACAACACCAGCAGCAAUACGUCAAGAACAAGAACAGCAGUGUCUCACGCCAAGCAUCACAAACGUCUCUUUUGGAGCAGUUCGCGGCACAGGCUAAGGAAUUAGUCCGCGAAACUACGCGCCAAAGCAGCCAGGAAGGCCUGUUAGCGCAUAUGGAUAAGAAAGGAAAAGCGGCUGAAGGAGACGAUAUGAAAAUAUUUGCUCCUUUUCAUCAGCUGACUCAUCAUGCCAAAAAAGCCGCGGAAGAGGCUUCCAAAAGCGUUCAAGAGGCGUCCAAAAGCGCACUUGAAGCGAGCAAAACAGCAACCGCCGUCAGUAAGAAUACUUUUGAAGACUUGACUUACGUCGGCAAGUCCACUAUUGGGGAUCUUACUAAAAGUGCGAAGGAGGCUGCAGCGAAAAAAGGUCUACUAAUCAAGAAUGAAAGCCAGGAGUCUUCAGCGCCGGCGAGCACGCGGCGGGACUCGACGGCGCUGCAGACGACCAGCCUGCUGGCCAGCACGCAUCGCGACUUCUUCUCCAACAUCAGCUCGGACCUCAACGGCCUCGCCGCCUCCACCUCCAGCAUGUUCAGCGACUUCUUUGGAUCCAAAGGAAAGCAAGCGAAGCCGGAGGCGGGUCGCAGUCCGAGCAGCGUGGGCGGGUCGAGUGCGGCGGGGGGCGGGGCGCCGCUGGCGACGUUCGGACCGUUCUCUGGAGGUGCGCGCGGGCUGGUGCAGCGCUCGCCGCUCAUCCGACAUGCUGCGCCCGCGCCGCACUCCCCACCGCACACGCGCACCUCCGCCAACACCGAGAACCAGGCCUUCCUCAAUGAUCUGGUGCAACACGUCCUGGAAGGCGAAGGCGUGGGUUGGCUCAAGCUGAACCGGCUCAAGAAGUUGAUGGAAGACGAGUCCUACAGGAACAUGGUACUCAGCAAACUGAACAAGAACUUCAACAGGAAAACAACGCCCAAUGAUAAAGUCGAUGAUGUGUUCGUGAGCAAGCCCGUAUGGAAGGGCAUGCUCAAAGUGCUCCAGGCCGUUAUCCACGGACUGGAGCACACGUACUCCAACUUCGGUCUGGGCGGCAUGGCGUCCGUGUUCCAACUGACGGAGAUGGCGCACACGCACUACUGGAGCAAGGAGGUGGCGGGGCUGGAGCACGGCGGCAUGGGGGGCUCCGCGCUCGCUGACUACGGCCGUCACGAUGACACGCCCUCUACGCCAUCUUCUAGGAAAAGCUCGCAGACUGAUAUACCAGUUUUAAAUUACCCGGAAAUGGACACAGAGACGCAGAGCACCACAGACAUGUUCAAAGACAUGUUGAAUCAAAAAAGGAAUCUUCUCUUCAGCAAACUAACCUCGUUUGAUUCAGAUGCGGCGCAGUCCUCCGACUGCUCGGCCGACGAGAGCGGCUCCAUCACAACCAACCGAGCCGCUCUCCGCGACCCGCGCGACCCUCACGACUCCCGCGCCUCCCUUAGGUCCAACCUCUCUGACACUGACGUCAUGUUCGUCAACGUAGGAAAAGGUUUGCCCGGUAACAAGCCUCGUGCUGCGAGCGUUUUCUCCUCCAAGUCCUCGGUAGCCGGCUACCGGCCUCCCAUAGGCGUGCCUACAACAUCGCCCAUCACCUCGCCUGAUACCGCCAGGACUUACCUCUACCAGGGAUUAAUUGGCAAAGAACGAUCAAACUUGUGGGAUCAAAUGCAGUUCUGGGAGGACGCUUUCCUCGACGCGGUGAGUCAGGAGCGGGACAUGAUCGGCAUGGACCAGGGCGCCAACGAGAUGAUGGAGCGCUACAAGUGUCUGAGCGAGACGGAGCGCAAACGCCUGGAGCACGAGGAGGACAGACUGCUGUCGACCGCGCUCUACAACCUCACCGCGGCCAUGGUGCUGUUCGGCGUCGAGGCGGACAUAGUGCGCAACAAGGUGCGCCGUCUGCUCGCCAAGAGCCACAUCGGCCUGGUCUACAGUCAGGAAGUCAACCAUCUUCUCGACGUCGUUCAUAAUUUGCACGGCAACGAGGUGGAGCUGAAGCCGCUGGGGUCUCGUCAGCUGCGGCGCGCGUGUUUCACGGUGCACGAGCGCGACGCCGCCGGAGAGCUGCGUUUCCUCGAGGUGCGCGACGACGGCCUCGUGCUGCGCUCCACGCAAGGUACAAUCGUAGAGCGGUGGUGGUACGAGAGGCUGGUCAACAUGACGUACAGUCCCAAAAUACGAGUGCUCUGUCUUUGGAAGAAGAACGGCGGACAGACGCAGCUACAUAAAUAUUAUACGAAGAAAUGCAAAGCGCUGUACUACUGCAUCAAGGAGGCCAUGGAGCGCAGCGGGCGGCGGCGUGACGCGGCCGAGCUGGGCGGAGAGUUCCCCGUCCAGGACUGCGCCUCGGGCGAGGGCGGACUCAUACAGGUGUGCAUGGAGGGUGUCGGUCUACUGUUCCACCACAGCAAGGAUUUCGAGUUCUUUGUGCGGCUCGACCAUAUUCGGAAGUGCUUCACACAAAACGGCGGUAUCUUCGUUUUAGAAGAAUUUAAUCCUAAAACAAGGCAGAUAAUUCAAAGGAGAUACAAGUCGAUAAUGGCGGAUCAGAUUUGCUACGCGGUGUUGUGCGUGUUCUCGUACUUUGCGGCGGGGCAGGAGCAACGCAAGGCGAUACUGGAGCAGGCGGCACGUCUGCCGCCAACUACCCCAGAACCCCAAGCCAAACCCCCGGGGAUCCCCCAAGCCAAGCCAGCAGGGAUUCCGCAAGUCAAGCCUACAGGUUCUCCGCUAUCCGGAUCCAGAAGGAGUUCUACCUCAGACCUGCCCGAGCCUUCGUCGCCCACCAUACGAGCCACCUCACAAGUUGAAAAAUCAGACAGUCGAAUAGAAUCAAGAUCGAUGUACAACAAAAACAAUAGCAGCGACGGCGAUGUUAGAAUUACACCUGAAAAACAACGGACACCGCAGGAGAGGCAGCACCGGAACCUUUCCAAGCAGUACACAGAGCAGCCUCGAAGUAGCCCGGAGAGACAAGAAGACCUACGUUCUACUCCAAGUCGUGGGGACUCCGGCAGCCCGAGUAGAGCGGACGCGGAAAGACGCGGCAGUGUGGAGAGGCGAGACGUACAGGAGAAGGCGAUGGCCGCGCGCACCGAGAGCCUGCCCCCGCGUCGUCCGCCGCCCCCCGCGCCCCUGCAGCACCGCCUGGCGCGCGCGCACUCGCAGGCCGCGCCGCUCCGCCCGCACGACCCCCCUGUGCCUCCCCGUGUGAGCGGGACGCGGCCGGCCGGCCCGCCGCCCGCGCUGCCACCGCGACAGCUCUCCGCCGCCGCCGACCUCAAUACAGUUCCUAAAUCAUCAAGUCCGGUGCGACGUGCGCCGGCGCAGCGCCAGGCUUCAGUGAGCGCUCCCUUCUCUGCCACCAACCCCUUCAGCGCGCCGCGACACGCUGAGUUCGUGAUCCCGCAACGGAACAACUCCAGGCGACCCUCCACUGAACAUAAUUAAAUCUAAUAAAAAUAAUAAAUUAUUUAAUAUAUCAGUUUAACUGUGUAUAGAACAUUUCAUUUCUAUGACGAAAAUGGCUAUUAUUUAAAAUUUAAAUGUAUUAAAAUUAUAAAAGCAAUAACUAUUUUAUAAU